AGAUUUCCCAGAUAGUUAUAAAUAUACAUAUAUAUAUGCAUGUGGUUGUAUUUAACGUGUGUUUAGAGCCUCGCUAGCGGUGCGUGAGAAAGCUUUUAAAUUCAUUAAAGGUAUAUUGUUAUUACAGUUUAAGCGGACAGCGUCCCCACGAACCCCGCGGGCACCGAAUGCAACCAGCAUCGAGCGCAGAAGCGCCCGCAGCGCCCCGAAACGGCCACGACAACGCAAGCGGGGGUGCACCAGCGGCCGCUCUCCCCGCCGUGUCAACAGCCCCUACACAGGCGAGCCAAACACCGCGCUGGACGUUUUCCAGCUACAGCCCCAACGUCGCCACCACGCUGUGCUACACCUUCGCUGAUGGAGCGUUCUACAGUCUGUGGGGGAUGCAGCUGCUUCCCUUGUACUUGAAAGAGCUCACCUCGGACGCCUCGACGAUUGGGUUGGCCGCCACCAUCUGCGGAGUGGCGCAGCUUGGCGGCGCCCUCGGUGCCGGCUACGUGGCGGAUCGCCGAUCGCGUCAGCUGUGCAUUCGUGCAGGGGCGGUGUGUGCGGUGGUGGCCCUCCUCACCUUCCUGUGUGCUUUCGACCGGUCGAGUGCGAAGCUCGUGUUCGUGGGCCAGGCCUUGUGGGGUCUCUACACCGGUACCACCUCGACCAGCGUGGAGGCCCUCUUCGCCGAUAGCGUUCAGCAGAGCCGGCGCACCGCUAUCUACAACACAAAGUGGAUGGUGCAGACGCUCUGCUACGUGGUUGGCUACGCCGUCGCCGCCGUGCUCUUCGCGCUGUGGCACAACACGUGGGAGCUGCACAAAAUGCGGAUGGUGUUGAUGCUGGGGGUGAUGAUGCACCCCAUCGCCCUCGUGCCCCUCUGCUCGUUGAAGGAUCAGUACGCCGUGCAGGAGGGGGAGGGGGCAGACCGUAGCAGUGAAACUGGGCAUGCCAGUGGUGCGGCAGUCGCCACAGCCGUCACGGCGUUUCUGGCGUGCCCUGUGCCGGCCGAAGAGGACGACCCGUUCGAGGAGCACGCAUCUGCUGUCCCUGCGGUGCCGCGUAAGGCUUCGUGUACCGGCGGCGGGGUAAGCAGCGGUGAGGAAGAGGGGGGGAAAGCAGUGGACGCACUAAGGGCCCCCAGUCGACACAGCUUUGCCGCACCCCUACAGCCGACUUUGAUAGAGGAGCAUACGCCCACUGACGGAGGUGAGACGAGCCCCACGCGCGCGUACAACGUGCGGCUUUGUGGUCGCCCCUGCUGCCUCACCUCGCUCGCGAUGGUGCCGUAUUGGAUGUGCACCGUCGACCUCCUCCUCGCCGUCGGCUCCGGCAUGUCUCUCCCGUUCUUCGCCGUCUUCUUCGCCGCCGACUGCGACGUCAGCCCGGCGGGUCUGUACGGCAUCUUCAUCGCGUCGACGCUGCUGACGGCGGCGACGUCGUCCCUCCUGCCGUGGCUCAUCAUGGCGUGUGGGGCCGGCCGCAUUCCCACCGUAAUGGGGGUCCGCUUCGUGGGGACGACGGCGCUGCUCCUCCUCGCCACGGCGACGCGCGAUUCGGUCUGGGGCUCGCGGCCCGCCGCUGUGGCUCUCUUUCUCUGUCGCAACGCGCUGAUGAACUCGGUGUUCGGCGUGACGCGAAGUGUGAUUAUGGACUGCGUCGCACGGCACACCCGUGCGAAGUGGUCCGCGUUUGAGAGCGUCACCUCCCUAUCCUGGGCGGGCAGCGCGGCGCUGGGCGGCUUCAUCACGAAGACGCACGGGUGUAAACUGAACUUCACGAUUACGGCUUUGGUGCAGCUGGGAGCGACCCUGCUCAUGCUACCCGCCGCGCUUGGUGCACGUGAACUGGACGCCCCGCCGCUUAUUGUAACCGCCGUCACCGCUGCAGAGGAAACGAGGGGGGAGGUGGAGGAGGAGGAAGACGAAGCCGACCGCAUGUGA